AUUAUCAACUUAUUAUUUGGCUAUUUGGGUGAUCCUAAUGUUUCUUCUCUCAGAUGCCAGAAACGUGACAGAAAAUACGAACCAUUCAAGUAUUUAUCUUUAUCAUUGUUGUUUUUAUCGUUUCCCUAUCUUACUUGUGCACUUAAGGAAAAUUAUAAUAAUAGCACUUAAUACGACAAACGUAAAACUUAGAUUUUGAAGAAAAGAAAACAUUGGUGCCUAAUUCCGCCAGAAACUUUCGGAAAGAAGGAACGUUCCGUAAAAAUGAUUUGAUCAGGUUGACAUCUUCAAACGAAAUUCCGCGAUUUGAAAAUGAUCGGAUAGCAAAAAGUGCAUAUAAAUAUAUAAUGAAAAACGAAAGAACUUUGCUGGAUUAUAAUGGUCCAGAAAUAACGGAAGAUAUGAGGAGCAAUCAGGAUUUAGCCGAUCAUGUUCGCGUUAAAAGAAGUGAAUCUACAAAUGAUUCCUUCCCACUUUUCUGGAGCAAGAACGGUACGACCGUUGCGUUCGACCAAUUGCUGUCUAAAUCCUACAUCGAUUCAAAUCAUAAAGUUGAAUCUGAAGUAAUCGAUGUAAGUAAUCGGACGUAUUUACGGCACAAAAGAGGCGUCUUGCCUAGAAAUGGGCAACAUAGAAAACGUGUGAAAGGAAAUAUUAGACAUCCGAAAUAUCGCAUCAAAGCUGAAGUCGGAGGUAAAAAACGUGGUACCUUGAAAUCAUCCCGUAAGUUUCCCAGGAAGAAAACAGAUGCAGGGCAAAGAAGGAAAAAUACAGAAAUCAAUGUUCGUACCAGCAGGAUCAACGAAUCACAGACAGAGUCUAAGAUGAAGAAAAGGGAAUCUGAGAAUAGAAGUUUGAAUAGCAGUAAUAUUGCUGAAACUGGUUCUACCGAUUACGAAAGAAUGGAAGCUGAUAAGUCCGAGACACUGAUAAAUCAGAGCGAUUCAAUAUCGUCACUUAACAAUAAUGGACUUAAAGAACAGCGAGAAGAGAACAUCGUCGUAUUACCUUUCGUGCACACCGGUAAAGCGGAAUUGCGAGUUCGUAUUGAAAAAAUCCCUACGAAUGAGUCUUCGUUUAUUAAUACCAACAGUUGGAUAGAUCAUCCUAUAACAAUCAGUCCUUCUUCAAUUAUGUCAACUCGAUCACAAUAUGGGGCAAUUGACGAAAUUAAUAACACCGUUACAAAUAUUGAACUUACUCCAAGUUUCAAUUACACCGAAAAGAGGGAAAAGGAAAUGGACGAUCCAACUAAAUUUAUUUCGUUGGGAACCGAUCAGAACCAGAAGGAGGACGAUAAAUAUAAGCAUACGGACAAAAAAUUUGCUGAAUUCGCAGACGAGGAUAUGAAAUAUCGCACAAAGAGAAAUCAAGAAAUUAUGUCCAAACGUUACUUACAUAACAAUAUAAAUACGACAAAAUCGAGGCAUUUCAAGGACACUGGACAAAUAAUAGGAGAUACUAAACGCAAAAGAACCAUAUACAGAAAGGCUCGUGGUAAUCGCGCUGUGAGAUCCAUCGAAGAAAUUAAAGAGCUUGUUGAAAAAUUAGUCGUUAAGGUAAAUGAAUUACAAAUGUAUGUGAGCAACUAUAGCGAAACUCCACACACGACGACGGGCUCUUGUGUCAGUGAACAGUCGGAUCGAGUGCCGAGGCUUUCGGAAAACUUGAAUUACAAAUCUAAAUUUGUAAGAGAUGUCGACAAUCAUGAGCGCUUAACGAACAACCGUCAGGCAGACACCGUAGAAGAAAGAGCUUUCCAGAUACCCUCCAGCGCUUCGAGAAUUACACGAGCAAAUUCCCAAGGCAGGAGGAAACGGCUUCGCAAGUGGAACAGGUGGACAGAUUGGAGCAGUUGUAGUGUCACUUGCGGCAAAGGCCGACAGAUCAGGUGGAGACAUUGUUUGCGCGAUUGCGACGAUGCGGAAAUUGAAAUGGAGGAGAAGGCAUGUCAAUUGCCCGCAUGCCCGCCAGGAAAGUUUCUUGGAAUAUUUUGAAAAUCUCGCUGUUUCCGAUGGAUAAAUGCAUGGUGAUAAGUACGAGUGCAUAUUUGAUAAGAACGAAAAAAUAUCGAAUCUACCGUAUCAUCCUGCACUUCAACAAUAUGUCCCAAGAGAAAAUAAUUUCAUCUAAAAACAGUUAUCCAGAGUCACAACAAUUUCGCAAAAAUAAAUGAAAUAAUGGAAGGAUCUCGAUUUGAUCUUGUUGCUGUGUCGAUAACAGUGUUCGUUCGGAGAAAUAAAAACGUUGAAAAUCU